AUAUUUACAUUUAUUUAGAGAUUAUUUUCAAGAUGGCUGCGCCCAUGAUUAUUUGCGAGACUGAUACACAGGUUGCAGAAAAGCUCUGUGCAUUUGUUAUUGCUAAAGCAAAUGAAUCAAUUAAAGCAAACGGGUCAUUCUACGUUGGGUUGUCAGGUGGUAGUUUAGUGAAGUACCUGUGCAAUGGGCUCCCACAGUUAGAUACAGACUGGAAGAAAUGGAGGAUAUUUUUCUGUGACGAGCGACAUGUACCUUACAAUAGUGAUGAUUGUACAUACACGCCAUACAAACAAGGUCUUGUUGAUAAAGUUGGAAUGUUGGAGAAUAACAUUUUCCCCAUAAAUCCAAAUUUAUCAGUUGAAGACAGUGCUAAAGACUAUGCUUCAAAGAUCCGCCAGCAUUUCCCCGGCAACGAUCUUCCUCGAUUUGACAUGCUGUUGUUAGGCAUGGGUCCAGAUGGUCAUACUUGUUCCCUCUUUCCUGGACACAAACUUCUGGAGGAGAAGGUUGAUAUUAUAGCCCCUAUCUCAGACAGUCCGAAGCCACCACCAGCACGUGUUACCAUGACAUUUCCUAUGAUCAACAAUUGUAGAUAUGCUGUUUUUGCCUCGUGUGGUGAAUCCAAAGCAGAAAUGGUCCAGAGAGUGUUAGAAGGUAAUGAAUCUCCACCCUUGCCAGCUGCGCAGGUUCGGCCAACAAACGGAGAGCUCCACUGGUUCCUUGAUAAACCUGCAGCAUCCAAAUUAAAAAAUAAACUGUGACUGUGAUACUUGUAUUUAAAUAAUAAAAGGUGCCCCUUUGUGAGGUAGUUGUUUAAAGUGGCUUGCCUCCAGAUUUUUCUUUUUAAUAAAAAAAAUUGUUGUAAAGUAAACAAAUAAAAUCAUUUUACCUAGACUAUGGCACCUAGUACUACCUGAAACUUGUCAAAAUAUACAGAUACUCCUCUUCACUGUAUUAGUAAUGAAGUUUUGGUAAUAAAAUAGUAAAUCAUGUCAUAUUUUGCAUAAUACAUUCAAAAUUUUGCCUCAAUUUGAAUAUUUUUACAAUCCUUCAACAAUAAAUAUAUAUAUUUUUUAAGUUUAAUUUUUAGAAGAGUUAUGUUACUUAUCUGGUGGCAUGCCACUUUAAGUUAUCUACUUAGAGGUUACUAUGGGACAAAUCUUGUUAGACAGGAUUGAAUUCCUUCAUAUGACCAAGCUAUCCAGCUAGCUUACACAAGAAGUACAUAAUAAUAAUAAUAUAUAUUUAUGAAAUUAAAUUAUACAGGACUUAUCUUUUUAGCAAGAAGAGAUAUUUAUGUACAUGCAAAUUGCGUGACUAGGGAAUUUAACAUUCUUUAAAACUAAGUUUUUGAAUGGUAUUUAUGAAAGCUUCAGUAUGGUAACUGCUUAGUGUUAUUUUAGAAUUUUUUUUUCUUUUUCAAUACAAUAUACAUGUAUUUUACUUUUGCUUUCUGUAAAAUUUUUGCCACAAUUUAAUUUUAUGCUUUGCUUAAAUUUUACCAUUAAGACUUAUGUACAGGACUGAAAUUGUUUUUAAUCUAGAACAGUCAACUGUUUUGGGAUUUUAAUAUUAUAAUAAUUAAUAGAACUUCUGACAGUUAAGUUUUUUCCUUAGACUGAAUACACAUAGCUUGUUGUAUACUGGUGACUGGCCAGUCAUUAUCAAUGCUAGAAUUCAGCCAAUUAUUUAGCCAUUUAACUUCUGUUAAGCCAAUUAACAAUUGUGUAUCCAAUUGAAAUAUUAUUGCAUUGUCAAUACUAGCAUUAUUACAUAUAACUAGAUUUAUAUUUGGCUGCAUAAGAGAGGUGAAAGCUUAAAAGACAUAACACAAGGACAGGUUUUAGAAUAAUUUAUUUUCUGUCUUCCUGUUCCAGUCAACAAGUGACCUUAAUCAGAUUUAUAUUUUGUUUAUUUAAACAGAAAUAUGUAUAUGUAUUUGGAAUACUGAAAUAUUAAAUGCUUGAAAAGCAAUUAAGUUAAA